GCUUUGGGUGUUCCUUGUUUUGGGAAGUGCUUUAAAUCUGUCUGCCAGAGGCGUGGGCUGCUAAAGCCAGAGACUGACUGCCACAAUGUUGAGCGCUCGGCUUCAUCCCCUUCUCCUAUUGCUCACAGCUGUGGAGCUGAGCUCGUCCCUUACAGAUGAUGACAAGAAGUUGAUUGUGGAGAUGCACAACCAAUACCGCUCCCAGGUCUCGCCUCCUGCUGCAGACAUGCUGAAAAUGAGCUGGGCCCCCGACCUGGAAGCCUUUGCCAAAGCCUAUGCAUUGAAAUGCAUCUGGGGCCACAACAAGGAGCGGGGCCGGCGGGGUGAGAACCUCUUUGCCAUUACCGACGAGAUGGACGUGGAGGUGGCCUUGGAGCAGUGGUACAGCGAGCACGAGCAUUACAACCUGACCACGUCCAAGUGCACCAUAAGCCAGAUGUGUGGCCACUACACCCAGGUAGUCUGGGCAAACAGUGAGCGGGUUGGCUGUGGGAUGCAGUUCUGUAAAACCCUGCAUGGUGUUGAAGACCCUGACCUCUACCUGCUGGUCUGCAACUACGAUCCCCCUGGCAACGUGAGGGGUCGCAAGCCGUACAAGGAAGGACCUCCGUGCUCCAAAUGCCCCGAGGGCUAUACGUGUAGGAAUUCAAUCUGUGAACCCAGUGUAGACUCAGAAGAGGCCUCUACAUCCUCUAGGACAACAAGGCCAAAGCUCCCCACUAGGCCAGCUCUUGCCACUGACACCACCACCACGAGCCCGACCACCACCACUCCCAUAAGGCCAGCACCCACCACCACGAGCCCGACCACCACCACUCCCAUAAGGCCAGCACCCACCACCACGAGCCCGACCACCACCACUACCAUAAGGCCAGCACCCAUCACCACGAGCCCGACCACCACCACUACCAUAAGGCCAGCAUCCACUUCCACCACCGCCACAAAAAGGCUGAAUCCCACCACAAAGCCAGCACCUGCCAGCACCACCAUGAACAAAAAGCCACCACCUGCCACCACCACCACAAGCCCACCACCCACCCGAACAGCAAGGCCCCACCCCACCACGGCCCCUGGGCCAACAUCUUCCUUAGAGCCCACCUCAGACCUGGACCUUAAAACAUCUCCAGAAAUGCAAGUGGACUCUGAGGAGACUGGUGCCCCAUUGGUGACCACGGAGGAUGUGCUCUCGCUAGACCUGGAGUCGACCCUCAGCCCGACUGCCUCUCCAAAAAUGGAGGGAGACUUGAAGGAGUCUGAUGCAGCCUCUGAGAGAGCUGAGCAAGCCCUCUCCUCAGAGCCACCUCCAUCCUUCAGCCUUACGACUCCAGAAACCGAUCUAAACUUGGACGAUACCAAGCAGCCCCCACCUGCCCUAAAGCCAACACCCGCCACUGCUAAGGUGACCUCCCUCCUGCACUUAUUACCACCUUCCAAGGCCGCAGGGAGACACAGCCUCACUGUCCAGUCCUCCCUGUCAGGUGCCAGAGAGACCGAAGAGCUGAUGACGGGCCCCACAAAGAAAGACUUGGACCAGCUCAAUGGUUCAGCCACCAGCAACUUUCUGGAGUUCUCUCUGUUCCUGCUGGCCGUGCCCCUGCUGACAGGCCUUCUGCUCUGAAGGGUCUGCCUCGACCCUCUGUGCUCCUGUCCUCAAACUCUCCUCCAGUACUGAUUGUCCUGCUGCUCUGCUGCAUGUGGGGCAUAUCGAUCAGGUGAAGAGCCCCUACUGGGCCUUCUUGCCGCUGGCUAAGUCCACUCCAAUCCAGUUAUACUCAGCGGUGCCUGGCAAACCGCAGUGACCAUUCUGUUACGCUAGCACUGCUGAGACCCCACUAUCCCUGGAUACCAAUAUAAGGGGGGUAGCUAAGUUUUAAGUGCCCAGCUCAUCUGUCAAAGGGGCAGGAGCAGCUGGGUGAAGAGAGGGGAAAUUCCUUGGUGCCUCUUCCUCCCUGAGCUCUAACUCUAACCUGAAGCUCCAUAAUUCCUACUCCAGUCUGACUCAGAGAUGGGACUGCUUCAUACUGAAGAUCCUGGAUCCCCACCAGUCUGGAGGCUCAGAGCGUCAUGGCCCUCCUCCUCACUGGAAACGAUGAAUGAUCUACUAUCCUUGUAGGACUGUGAGGUCCUUUCCUACAAAUCCUAUAUGAAAGGCAGUGCAGAGACAUGGAUGGUACAACCCUAUCUAAACUCCUCUCGCUUCCUCCACCAAUUAUGUCUACAGUGCACAUGCCCCUUCAGAAGAGCCAGGAAUUGAACCCCGCUCAUCAGUUUUGCUUGGUCCAUUGCAUGCAUCCCAUUCCAGUUCUCCAUGUGGCAAGGCUCUUAUUUUUUUGUGCAUGGGGAAAAAAUACUUCUGCACUAGAGAGGAGGGGGUGGCUCAUUAUAAACCUCCUGUUGGCAUCAUCUGUAUCUUGUGAUAUGAUGUUAGACUAGCUUCUCUUGAGUGCCUGAAGCGUACAACGUAUUUAAAGUUAGAUACAGAUCUUGGCCUAUGGUGUAUGUAUCUUAUACGCACAGUGGAACCUGGCCCAGCAAAUAUUAGGUGGCGUGAUGGAACUCAAAGCACAUUCUGCUAGGGGCUAUCCACUGGAAGCAUGACUUACCUUAGAGCAGCUUUCAACUGUAUGUGUCAUUAACGUUUGUUUCCCCUCUGCGUGUCUGCUCCAUGUAUCUUACAUUUCCAAGAAAGGUGUGUUAACUACACAACAAGCCUCAGGUGGUCUAGUUAAGAUCCAGUGGAAGAUGCCACUUGAUACGAACCUUUUAGCAACCAUAGCAUCCCUUGGUUUUGUUAACAGAUGAGGUGGGGACUGAUGUGAAUCCUGUAGCCCAUUAGCUACAAGGGACACUGUUUCCAAUACGUCAUGAGGUCCUGCUCUCAAUAAACGCUGUUCUGAAACCA